AUGGAAAAGAAGAGAAUAGCAGCUUCCAUGGCGGAGGUAGAUUGGUCUGAACUUCCAAAUGAUCUUGUCAAUCUGAUAUCGCAACUAUUCGCUAAAGAUCUCGAUCUCAUUAGCUUUCGAUCGGUUGAACUUAGCCUUCGUUUGUGGAGUAAGACGGAAUAUGGGGAUUUGGAGGUUAGAGUUGAGAAACUAAAGGCGGAUAUAGAGGAGUUGGACUUAAAAGGGAGAGGAGGGGGUUCUUACAUCUCAAGAAGUGGAAUCAAGGAAGUUGAAGUUUGCGGAUUUAUGGAAGCUACUCAAAAAGCACUUCAAGUGGAGGGAGGUUGGGUGCAAACUCCGGAGGAGGUUAGAGAGGCGGUGGUGGAGUAUUUUGAAAGGCAAGUGACAACUACUUAUUGGGAAAGACCGAGGUUAGAUGGGGUGGCGUUUGAAAUUCUCUCGGAUGGUGAAAAUAGGGAUUUGAUUGCCCCUUUCUCUAUGGAGGAAAUUGAAAAGGUGGUUAAGGAAAGUGAUGUGUUGGCGGGAAGGCUAGCAAAGGUUAUGAGCUCCAUUAUCUCAUCUUCUCAAUCAGCGUUUGUUAAAGGGAGAGAUUUGGUGGAUGGGGUUAUGGUGAUUAAUGAGGUGGUGGAUUUUGCAAGAAGGGCUAAGCGAAAAUGUUUGAUUUUUAAGGUGGAUUUUGAAAAGGCUUACGAUGCGGUAGAUUGGGGUUUCUUGGAGUACAUGCUUAGGAGGAUGGGUUUUUACGUGAAGUGGAUAGCUUGGAUGAAAGCGUGUGUCUUUGGAGGUUUUAGUGGCUUAAUGAGGAAUGCUAUCAACUCCAACUCUUUCAAGGGCUUUGAUUUUAGGAAUAAUGGCCUAGUGGUGUCUCAUCUCCAAUAUGCCGAUGAUACGCUUCGUAUAGGGGAGGCUUCCGUGGAUAACUUAUGGACCCUUAAGGCUUUGUUAAGAGGUUUUGAAAUGGCUUCGGGGUUGAAGGUUAAUUUUGCUAAGAGUUGUUUGAUCGGAGUGAAUGUUGGUAGGGAGUUUAUGGAUGCGGCGUGCAAUUUUAUGAAUUGUAGGGAAGCUUCUCUCCCGUUUCAAUACUUGGGUUUACCGGUAGGGGCAAAUCCGCGAAGGUUGUCGACUUGGGAGCCUUUGUUGGAUGUUUUGAAGAAAGGGCUUAAUUCUUUGGGAAAUAAGUAUGUGAGUCUUGGAGGGCGUGUGGUCCUUCUUAACGCGGUGUUGAAUGCUAUUCCUAUUUUUUAUCUUGCUUUUUUUAAGUUGCCGGUAAAGGUGUGGAAGAGGGUGGUGAGAAUUCAAAGAGAAUUCCUAUGGGGAGGUGUCAAUGGUGGAAAGAAAGUGUGUUGGGUGAAAUGGGCAACGGUGUGUUUAACCCGUGAUAAGGGAGGUUUGGGGAUCCGAGAUAUGAGGUUGGUAAAUAUUAGCCUUUUGGCUAAGUGGAGGUGGAGGUUGGUGCAACCGGAACAACCGUUGUGGAAGGAUGUCCUUCGGUGUAAAUAUGGGAGCCGCAUUAAUUUUCUUUUGGACCCAAUCUAUAAUUCUUGGUCAUCAUUGGCUUCGAGGUGGUGGUUAGAUUUGAUGUCUUUGGAAUGA